GCUACAGCGACGGUCACACCGCUAAGAUUUCGUUUUUUUUUGGACAAUUUGACAUUUAAUUUCUCUUAAGAUUUAAUUAAAAUAAACCACGUUGGUCCCGGUCCAAAUUAAAGGUUUUCCAGACGACCCUCGAACGAAGCGAGAUUGGCCCCCUGAAAGUGUUCCUUUCCGCCCGAUUGCACUGUGCGAAAAAACCGGUUGUUGACCUUCGGCAGCAUGGAGCGUCGUCGCUUUAACUUGAGCAGCAUGUCGCCCAUGGCGGAUUCCACGCGGAUCGACGCGUCGCUGAUAAGCAAUCGCCCGUCGUCCGCCAGUUUCUUGAGGGGACUGAGUCCCAAGGGGGGAAACACCACGCUCAAUGGAACCCGCACCCCGGAAAGGUCCCUGAUGAACCACACGGCCACAUCGCCCAGCAGCAUCUCGCGACAAAAACUGAACAUCAGCCAGUUGGAUCCCAGAACCUUUGCCGAUGUGCACAGCAGUGGACUGGCCUCCCGAAUCGUGGCCUACCACGAAAGCAGCCUCGGAGGACGCGGCGGUCUGCAGCGCAGCAUGUCCGCCAGCAAUCUGUACAACCCACUGACGCAGCCGCGCAGGGCGCCAGCCUCCCCGCUGCCCUACAAAUCCCGGGUGCCGGCACUUGCGAUGACCCAGAUUGCACCGCCCGAGCGCAGCUUCUAUUCGGGCAACACGUUGCCCAGCCUGCUGCGCUCCAACUCUCUGGCGGGAGUGGUGAACAGGGCCAGCGAGCAGGAGCAGCUGUCGCGGGAGAACCGACCCAUCCUGCACCCGCCGCAUCCGCAGCACGAAAGCGAACCAACGAGGAGCGUGCUGGACGAGCUUAAGGAGAUCUCCAGGAAGCGCAUCAACACCGGUGAUGCGCCUUCGCCGCAUGACUUUACGAAGAGGAGUUGCCAGCGCGGCGUGGACUUUGUGGACCAUCACCGGCACCAGCAGCUACACCAGUUGCACCAACAGCAAAGUCAGUCCUUUAAAAGACAGCGAGAGCUGACCGUUUCGGUUCCACUCCGGCAUCAUUCGACCUCUCUGGCGGCUGCUCCGCCUGCCUUGCAGCACAUGCACUCCAAUGGCAGCAUCUCGCCCACUCAGUCGCCGGAGCAGGUGGCCAAACGGCCCAACUGCAGCUACAACAACGACAUUGCCUCCUCGCUUAGCUCCAGCCGGCGUCACAGCAACAAGCGGAAGCUGUUCGACAUGCGCGAGAGCUUUCAGCAGAGUAAAAACGAGACACUGGGCAGUGGCAGCUCACCGGAGAACUCGCCCGGCGAAAAUGUGGCCAAAAUUCAGCGUAAAGUGGAUGCAGAGUGUGUCAGCAAGGCGAUGAGCAUGCCAGCCGGUCCAUCUGUGCCGGCAGUUCCUGCCUCGCGCACUAUUUCAGCCCCUCCUACGCAAAGCAUCGAAGUACCGCCUGCGGUGGAUAAGCCCAAGCUUACUCUCUUCAACGCCCGACAGUCGCACACGAAGGCGGAACAGCCGCGCCAGGAUCUGAACAGCCCCGAUGUGGAUGCCGGGGAAUACGCGGGCAUUCAGUUUGUGAAGCCCAAGCAGCAGAAUUCCAUGCUGGGCGUUAAGAACCCAAGCGUAGAGCGCACGCACAAGACCAAACUGGCGAUAAUGCUGAGUGGAUUGAAGGGCGAACUCUACCAGGGUGAGCCGGAUGAACUGGAUGCCCCCAAGCCAGCGGCUGCGCCUGCGACUCUUCCAACGCCCAUCAAACCCACCAUAGCGCCGCCUGUUACUACAACCACAACGACGGCGACUUCUACUGCGACCAUGACGACUGCAGCGCCCAGCAAGUCGGUAAUACUAAGUAAUCAGGUGAUAAAGCCACCGGAUACGAUAAGUACCUCCAAUGAAGUGCCCAAACUUCCCGCUGCUGCAGAAGGAGAGGCACCAAAGACCAACGACAAAGUGGAAGCGGCACCACCCAAACCCGUAACACCUACCACAUCAGCUCAACCAUUGAUCACUUUUGGAACACCAAAAUCCUCAGCUGCACCUAUACUCUCCUUUGGAAAUGCCAGCACCACCACUACGACAACCACUACAACUACAACUACCAUUAGCACUAGUAUGACCACCGCAAAGCCCACAUUCUCGUUUGGACAAGCGCCUGCCAAUGGAACCGCAGUAGGCGUUGCUCCUGGAUUCAAACUGGACGUCCCUGCGCCAACGGCAGCAACUACAACUAACUCGGUGGCGCCGGCCACAACUACAACGACUUUCGGAAUGGCUGCUCCGAAGACUAUAGCUGCUAUUGCUCCUACAUCAACGCCAUCUAUGAGUUUCGUUAAGCCGAUUUCCACAGUGACAGCAGCGGCUACCACAAACAGCCCUGCAACAUCAACCAUAUCACCAUUUGGAGCAGCACCCGCCGCCAAUCCAAUCUUUGCCUUCGGACAAUCGGGCAAUGGUAGCUCAGGAACUCCGACUAGCAGCGCCAGUGGAUUAGCUGCUCCCAAGCCAGCAGUAUUUAGUUUUGACGGCAACCCAGCUCAGCAGGGCCGAGCAGCAGCAACAUCGCUGUUUGGCAACCAAGCUCAAACCACAAACAACUCCUUUGGAGCCGCUUUCAAUCAACCCGCGGCCAACAAAACCGAGCCAACCAAGCCGGGCAUUUUUGGAAAUCCGGACAGCAGCUUUGGUGGCUCUUUUAAGCCGCCAGCAGAAGUUGCCACCACAACUGUCGCUGAGCUCCCGAAGCCUUUCGGGUUUUCAGCCACUACAACCGCAACUAGUGGAGCUCCGGCGGCCACGAAUCUCUUUACCUUUGGAGGGGCAGCCACUUCGAAACCAGCAGAACCAACUCCCACGAGCACGCAGAAUAAUCUCUUUGGCCAGAGUGCAGCCACAAGCACAACACCCUUUGCCUUUGGAGGAUCAGCACCAGCAGCCGCAGGAAAUAAGGAUAACAAGCCGAUGUUUGCAUUUGGAGGAGCAGGAGGAGGAGACAGCAAUGCGGCGGCCAAACCCACUCCGGUGUUCAGCUUUGGUGGCGCGGACAAGAGUGCUCCUCCUGCCUUUGGCAGCGUAGCAACAUCGGCAUCAUCUGCAACAGCAACGCCUACAAGCAACGCCUUUGGAUUCGGCGCAGCACAGAAGCCUUCGACACCCAUGUUUGGCAGCGGUUCUACCCAACAGUCCGCCGCCCCUGCUGCAACAGCCACUAAACCAUUUACAUUUGGUGGUGGUGCCCAACAGGCCACUGCACCCUCAGCUUCCCCAGCUUCAGGAGGAUUUUCAUUUGCCGCCGUUGGUGCCAAAAGUACAGCGGAACCCACUGGAACGAAUGUGUUCGGCAGCCCCGCCAACGCCAGCAAGCCGAGCUUUAACUUUGGAGGAAGCACCGUCAAUCAGGCAGGAGCAGCGCCGUCACCAGCAGGUGGCUUCUCUUUUUCAACAGCGACCAGCAAGAAGGAGGAGCCGGCCGGCAACAAUAUGUUCGGAAGCCCCAACACUGGAAUAGUUAAACCCAAUUUCAGUUUUUCAAGCAACAAUUCGAGCACUCAACCAGCAGCUUCAGCGCCCAGCUUUGGAGGAUUCGGAGCUCCAGCGGCAGGAGCAACAGCUGCGCCCAGCAACCAGAACAAACCCUUUGCAUUUGGAGGAAGCCAAGCCACGGCACCUGCUCCCAACGCAGCUCCAAUGGGCGGCAACCUCUUCGCCAAUGCGGUGGCUGCUACCCACAACCAACCGAAGCCGGGCGCCUUCUCUUUCGGUGGCGCGGCCAAGAGCACCGCCAGCGCCACGGCCGGAAAUGCGCCCUUCUCGUUUGGCGGUGCAGCUGCCGGCGGCAUCGCCUCGCCGCCCAGCAAUCAGGGCAUGAAUACCGCAAAGCCCUUUAGCUUUGGUGGUGUCGGCGGCAAUCCAGCGCCCAAUGUCUUCGGGAGUCCAGCACCUGCGCCGGCGGCUAGCAAUCCGGCCGGAGCCUUCAGUUUCGGUGGCGCCAGUCCGGCCCAGCAGGCGAACGCCGGAAACAUGUUCGUCCCACCGCCCAGCACGCCGGAGAGUCGACCCAUUCGCAAGGCCACCAGGCGGCUGCAAAAAUAGGUCCGCGUCCCAAGUUAAUGUGUAGACUAUUAUUGUUUUGUUAGUUCAAUUAUUGUUUUUUAUACCAGGCAGUAAAUGGAUUAAAAGAAGUCGUUGGCAAUCCGAAUUGUAAUAUAUAAAUAUCCAUCGACUCUGGUUCGUUCUGUGAAAUGUAAUUGUCAGACUUUUGAACGGAUUGUCACUAAAGAAAACUAGACUUAAAAUCGUAUCAUCUAAAAAUAUAUUAAGAUCAAUAAAAACAUCCAUAUUAUUGAAAACAAUAUAAAACCUGCUAAUUAUGAACAUUAAAGCUUGAACCCUGAAGUGUUCAUUUUGAAUUUGAAAUGCGUCUUUAAUUCGUGGGCCAUGAUGAACUAAAAAAUAAACGCUACAUCCAUUUAAUGCUU